CAGCGGUGUUACCGAGAGUGUAACGAAGGUGUCACGCGCUGGGAAGGAGCUUGCUUGAAGGGAAGUAACUCUAAAUGAAAAACGUACACCGGAAGUUUACCUGUUUACGUUUCUCUGUCGUCCACAUGUGUUGUAAAACGUUGAUUCUGCACAGUGUUUAGUCCCAGAAAGAAUUUGCAACAUCUGAGCUUGGAAUUGAGUAAAAGUUAGCAACUAUGUCUCUUGCUGACGAGCUGCUGGCGGACUUGGAGGAGGGCACAGAGGAUGUGGGGCAGGAUGAUGGCGAGAAUGUUGCUGAAGUUGCAGAUGUUGAGGAUGUUGUCAUGGAACCUGAGAUCCAGGCAACACGUGUCACAAGUGUGGCAAAGUUACGUGACAGUCAAGAACUGGCUGAAAUAAUGAACAAUAUCAAGAAAUAUUCCUCACAGUCGAAGAUGGAAGGUGCUGGCCCUGUUGAAGCAAACCCUGAGUACCGACUGAUUGUCGACGCAAAUAACAUGACAGUGGAAAUCGACAAUGAAAUAAAUGUUAUUCACAAGUUUGUGCGAGAUCUCUACUCCAAACGAUUUCCUGAAUUAGAAUCCCUCGUCCAGACCCCCAUGGAGUAUAUCUCCACUGUCAAGGAACUCGGCAACAAUAUUCUGGAGAUGUCGAAGAACAAUGAAGUCUUGCAGGAGAUUCUCACGUCUGCCACCAUCAUGGUGGUCAGUGUCACAGCCUCCACCACACAAGGGUCUGUUCUCUCCACUGAAGAGUUUGCCACUGUGAUGGAGGCUUGUGACAUGGCUAUUGAUCUUCAUAAGUGCAAGGUCAACAUCUUUGAGUACGUGGAGUCCAGGAUGUCCUUCAUCUCCCCGAAUCUGUCCAUCAUUGUCGGGGCCUCGGUAGCAGCCAAACUCAUGGGUGUGGCCGGUGGUCUGACCAACCUGUCCAAGAUGCCGUCUUGUAACAUCCUGGUGCUCGGAUCCCAGAAGAAGACUCUGUCUGGCUUCUCCACCACGGCCAUCCUGCCUCACACAGGCUUCAUCUACUACAGCGAGAUUGUACAGAAAACACCUCCGGAUCUGCGCAGGAAGGCUGCGAGACUGGUGUCCUCUAAGUGUACUCUGGCAGCACGAGUUGACAGCUUCCAUGAGAGUCUGGAUGGCAAUGUGGGGGACACUCUGCUGGCUGAGAUUGAGCAGAAGUUGGACAAGAUGACUGAGCCUCCCCCGGUCAAGUUUGUGAAGCCACUCCCAGCUCCUAUUGAUCCCGGGCGCAAGAAGAGAGGAGGCAGGAGAGCACGGAAGAUGAAGGAGAGGCUGGGGCUGACUGAGAUGAGGAAACAGACCAACCGAAUGAACUUCGGGGAGAUUGAAGAAGAUGCAUACCAAGACGACCUGGGUUUCUCACUUGGAUCCCUGGGCAAAUCAGCAUCUGGGAAGAUCCGAGGGCCACCGGUUGAUGCCAAGACUAAAGCCAGGAUAUCCAAGACACUGCAGCAAAAGUUGAGCAAGCAGUCCAACACCGUGUGGGGAGGGAGCACGACCGUGAAGAAGCAGGUGGCAGGGACAGCCUCCAGUGUGGCCUUCACACCGCUACAGGGUUUGGAGAUCGUUAACCCACAAGCAGCAGAGAAGAAGGUCCAGGAGGCCAACCAGAAAUAUUUCUCCACGACCGGAUCAUUCUUCAAAGUAAAAAGUGAUGGGACAUGAUUCUGCCACAAAUGUUCAACAGUGUACAAACCAGGGCACCAUUCCACUAGGCAUCUACUGACUGUUGUACUUCCUAUGUUUUCCCACAGCAUUAAAUGCUAGAUUGUAGAAUGGGCCCUCACUAGGAAGUGAACCUCAGCAUGACACUGACUGGAGCAAGGUCAUAUGUGAAUGAAAACUGAAAAGGAUAAUGUAAGGAGACUAUAAUAAGUUGUAGCAGGAUCACUCAGGGUACAUGGGGUUUUAUGCGUCCUGUGUUAGGUUAUAUAUAGGUAAAACCCCAUGUACCCUGAUUGAUCCUGCUUCAACGAAUAUAUCUUACCGACAUGUUUUAAUGUGAAAUUGUAAAAGAUUUAACACAAUUUCAAAAUUGAUGGAAAACAGCUGUUCGAUUGAGCUGAGGUAAACUUGUGCUAUGUCAUGUGCCUUCCAUGGACUCGGAAAAAGUGUGCAGCUUUUUGCUUUAAGGCGGGGUAUUAGGGAUUUAUUCUGUCUCUCAUAAAUCCAUGUGAGCCUGUAUGACAAAUUUAUUCCCCUCCAAAGUGUGUUAAACAGUAUUUUAUCAAGAUCACAUAGACCAAUCAGAUCUCAUCAUUCUGACAUGGAGGUAUGAUAAUUAUAUUUAUUUGAGGAUUAAGUUUGAAAUGGAAGUUUCCAGUUUGUACUUCAUUAUGUUAACUUACAUCAAUCUAAACCUGGAGCAGAUUUAGAAACUUUGUAGAGUUGCCAUGGUUACUGUUAGAAGGAUGCAACGAUGGACAUGAUCAGGAAAUAUGAAGGCAGUAAUACCUUACAAUUCAAACUACCUUUUGCUGAUAAGUUUACCAUGUAAAUGUCCAGACUGAUGACACCAUGGUCAUGGUCGCUCGUCUAGGAACGCUGGAUAUAUGCUGGUGUUUCACAGGGCAUCAAUACAAGGAGGUUUUCUUGUACUUGUUAUGGAGCAUGCAGGCAAACAUGCAUGUGUGAUUUGUGUCACAGGUAACAGGAAUAAACAUAGAUUUCUCAAAA